AAUUGACGUACGUCAAUGUCAAACGCACAUGGUAUGUGUAUGUUUAGUAUUUUUGUGUAAAGAAAUGAAAAUAUAAAUAUAAAAAUGGUGAUUAAAGAUUGGGAUAAGGUGAAGCCAAAGCUUUCAGAGCCCGUGUUAUCCUGUGUUAGGAAGCAGGGUUUCGUAGCUAUGACUCCUAUACAAGCAGCGGUAAUUCCGUUAAUCAUGUCGUGUAAGGAUGUGGUGGCCGAGGCGGUUACCGGGUCCGGUAAGACGCUGGCUUUCGUUGUACCGAUGAUAGAAAUGUUGUUGAAGAAGCAAAAGGACUCGCCCUUGAGGAAAGACUUCAUUUAUGCUGUUAUUAUAUCACCUACUAGAGAACUGGCCACACAGAUUUAUAAGGUCAUAGAAUUGUUCCUGCAAGAGCCAGAAUUGUCUCCUGUCCAUGUUGCUCUCCUGGUUGGUGGCAGACCAGUGGAGGCGGAUGUUGAGACCCUGCAGAAGGGAGCUCACAUAGCUGUGUGCACUCCCGGCCGACUGCAAGACUUGCUGGCUGAGAGAAAGCAGCUCAACCUGGCAGGCCGGCUAAAAGAACUGGAUAUCCUAGUACUUGACGAAGCUGACCGCCUCCUAGACUUAGGCUUCAGUUCAACACUGACCACCAUCCUCCAGUACCUCCCGCGCCAGCGCCGCACCGGCCUGUUCUCCGCCACACAGACCAAAGAACUCCAGGACCUAGUCAGGGCCGGCCUGAGGAACCCUGUCGUAGUCAGCGUCAAAGAAAAAUCGACCAUAAGCACUCCAUUACUUCUAGAGAACUACUAUGUAAUUGUUGAACCAGAGGACAAAUUCCUAUUCCUUCUAAAUUUUAUAAGAAAUAGGAAAAUUGCAAAGGGUCUGUUCUUUUUACCGUCGUGCGCAUGCGUCGAUUAUUGGGCGGACGUGUUGCCAGUGUUCUUGCCAGAUAUAAAAAUAUUUUCGAUUCAUGGGAAAAUGAAGCUGAAAAGAAGUAAGAUUUUGGAGAAGUUCAGAGCAGCCGAUAACACGAUACUGUUGUGUACGGAUUUACUGGCGAGAGGUUUAGACAUCCCCGAAGUAGAAUGGGUGUUACAAUGGGAGCCGCCGACGAACCCGGCCGCCCUGGUCCACCGCGUGGGCCGCACUGCGCGGGGCGGCGCGGCCGGCUGCUCGCUACUGCCGCUGCUGCCCACCGAGGACACCUACGUACCCUUCAUCAAGACCAACCAGAUGGUCGAGCUCAAAGACUGGAAGCAGUCCAAGGAUGAGAUCAAGAUCAGUCCGAAAUUGAAGGAGAAAGUCUUAUCAAUGCUGCAUGAACAACAAAAGAGUGACAGAGCAGUUUUAGACAAAGGUCAACGCGCUUUCGUCUCCCACAUGCGGGCCUACUCGAAACACGAAUGCAAUCUCCUCUUACAAUUCAAAGAGCUACCCUUAGGUCACAUAGCAACAAGCUACGGCCUGUUGAAGCUUCCCUUAAUGCCAGAAAUAAAGCAAGAACAUAAGGACCAGUUUGUGGGACCGAAGGAACAGAUUGAUUUUAACAGCAUACCUUAUAAAGAUAAACAGAAAGAAGCAAGUAGGCUGCAGAAGUUGGAGGAGUACAAGAAGAGUGGUGUCUGGCCGUCGAAGAAGAAAAAGAAAAUGAUACAAUCUCAACCAUGGGAACAAGCAAAGCAGAACAAAGAGGAGCGUAAACUAAAAAGGAAGAAACGAAAAGAAUUGAAAAAGAACGAGCCAGAAGGAGGGAAGAAGAGAAAAGGCAGAACGGUAACACAAGAAGAGUUGAACGAAUUGGCAGCAGACAUCGCACUCAUGAAGAAACUAAAGAAACGGAAGAUUACACAGGACCAGUUUGAUCAACAGUUCGAAGGAUAGAUGUAUUUAUGGAAAAGAUGCAAUAAAUAGAGAUAUUUAAGUACU